AUGAUCAUCUCUGAAAUCAUCAUCAUCCCCUUCGUUCCAUUACGUUCCUCUUCUCCUACACGGGUCAGACGUUCGUCCUCGCUUCAAUUCACUCCUACCGAUUCUGUUGUUAUCGACGACGCUAAACUUUCAGAAGUGUCCGGUCUUUCACGAACAACAAGUGCUUGCAGUAGUAAUAUUCGUACACAGUUCACAUAUCUGUUCGGAAUGAAUUCGUGUAAUAUAUGUUUGGGAUGUUGUCGUAUACGAGUUGCAUCUUGUCUUAUAGGAAUGAUCAGCAUAGCAAUAUCUGUCGUCACUAUAUGCUGUUUACUUUCUGUAUCGAGCAGUCUUUCGAGAGAUAUGCAGAAUGUAGUGAGCGCUCCAAUCGCUAGCCUCGUCCUUUUUCAAAUCGCUACAGCUAUGCUUUUAAUUAUUGGUGUCCUAAUUGACACACAUUUUCUAUUAGUGCCAUUCCUGUUGAAUUCGGUUCUUCAUAUAUGCUUAGCCGUUGGUAUCGCUAUAUCUGUACUAUUUUCUUCGGGAGAUAUUAAGAAGCUGUACGGUCCUCAUAUCAUAAUUAUCUGCCUGGUGGCGCUAGUCCUAUACGUUUGGUUCACAAUUGUGGUAACAAUGACGAUAAUAUUAAUUCGAGACAAGAGACGACUUGGAGAAUAUUUUGGAAAUGCUACCACAUACAGUUAUGAUCACCAGGAUGAGUUUGAUACCACUCGAGGUGCAAUUGAUCGUAUUAGCAGUUCUGUUAUAUAG